UUAAUAACAUCCCUCGGCAGAUUUUCGGAGGGCGAAAACUACCAAGAAAUUUAGAAACAAGAAACAAAGAAAAUAGUUCGAUUCGUACCGCGUAGUUUGAAUACAUACACGUCCAAGAUGAAGCCCUUGGAGUUGGGUAUUAUUAAGUAUUUGUUGUUCGGAUUUAAUUUGCUUUUUGCGAUUUCCGGAUUGGGAAUAAUCAUCGCUGGAUCACUAGUGCUCUCCGAUGUCGGGGAAUUUAGUCACUUCAUGGAAGGCAAAGUGCUCGCUCCGCCUGUAGUGCUGAUAGUGACGGGAUGCGUAGUGUUCCUAGUCGCUUCCCUGGGGUGCUAUGGGGCGAUCAGGGAGUCUUAUAAAAUGCUCAUGGCGUUUGCAGCUUGCCUAUUGGUGAUUUUUAUCAUAGAACUGGCGGUGGGCAUCGCAGCAGCAGUUUACAAAGAUGACUUCCACAAAGGCCUGAAAGAAUUGAUGAGAGAUUCGAUGGAUCGGUUUGAAACCAGCGAAUCAGACAGGAUUGCUUGGAAUAACUUGCAGAAGAAAAUGGAAUGUUGCGGAGUCGAUCGAUCCACCGACUGGCCCGAACACAAACGGCCACUCUCUUGCUGCCACGUUCCCAGAGAAGGUGCUCCCGAGCCGGAUGAAAUUCAUUGUUGGGAUGCCAAGCCGGGAGAUCCCAUCCUUUAUACAGAGGGUUGCUUCGAUAAGAUAGAAAUGAAAGCUGUCGAUUCUUGUAAGAUCAUUCUCGGAGUUGGUAUUGGAAUUGCCUUCGUGGAGAUCAUUGGAAUUGUCUUGGCGUGCUGGCUAGCUUCGGCUAUUAAAAAACGAACUUCAUAAGCGUUGUCUUCAUUUUUUUGCGAAUGAUGACAAUGAAUGUGUCUACUUUCUAUACGUCGAUGAUUUAUUAUAAUAACGUGUCAUAUGUUUACUUUAGCUGCAGAUAUUUUGUCUACUUAAAGUAUUUUUCUAAGUUAAUUAGCUACAUAUAAUUGUACGCCUAUAUCGUUUUCUAUUUUGCGAGUAAUCUGAAUGUUCGAUAGAGAAUCUGAUAUAUAUUUUAUUAGUAAGAGUUUAAAACGUGGGUCUAUUGUGUAAUUAGAUUGUCACUUUUGUAACUACUGUGUCGUUAUCCAUAUCGUAUAACUCAACCACGUAAAAGUAGGUUAUAGUAUUCUUAGCAGAUGUAGUAUAAAAAAAUCACUUUAAAUGUUGUAGAUGAAUGUUUACCUAUAUAUAUAUAAUUGUUAAAAUAUUUGUAUUUGGUGAUAUUUUAUAAAUUUAAUAUAUAAAAUAAUAAUUAUGUCAAAAUAAAGUUGAAAC